AUCAGAACAAAAUUAUUGAUCCUGUUGAUCCUUGAAACAUAAAAUUUAACCAAGUUUGAUAAACUUUGUGCAGAAAUUCAGGGUUUCUUUUGAUUCAUUUGUCAAGUUAGCAAAGACGUUUACUUUAAAAAACAUUUGCUAUAAUUAGUAGCAUUUUUGCACUGGAUUGUCUCCGUAAAUUAAAAAUGACUACUCCUAUGUGACUGUUGUUUGUACUUGAUUUCUUACACUACCUCAAAUAUUUUAAUUCUUUUAUUGUUGAACAGGACGUGCUUUGACACGGUGUCUGCCAUGAUGGACUUGUUUGCUUCUUCAGUGCUGCUUACUUGUGAUGGACUACAAUUAUUCUCUGAUGUUGUGGAUUCGCUCACCCAAGCCCACCCCCAUAAAGCCGAGGUCCAUGCUUCCCAACAUUGUGGCCCAACCGUCCAGUGUAUUUAAAAACUUCCGUGCUCUGUGCACCGGAGAGAAAGGAUUUGGCUACAAAGGCUCCUCUUUUCAUCGGAUCAUCCCUAAAUUCAUGUGCCAGGGCGGGGAUUUCACUAACCACAAUGGAACUGGAGGAAAGUCCAUCUAUGGGGAGAAGUUUCCGGAUGAGAACUUCCAGCUGAAGCACACAGGCCUGGGCACGCUGUCCAUGGCCAACGCCGGGCCGAACACCAACGGCUCACAGUUCUUCAUCUGCACGGCGAACACAGACUGGCUGAACGGGAAACACGUGGUGUUUGGCAGCGUGGUGGAGGGCAUUGAUGUCGUCAAGGCGAUGGAUAAACAAGGGACAAAGAGCGGCACCACUAAAGCCAAGGUGGUCAUCGCCGACUGUGGGGAGCUAAAAUAAAACGCCACGGCUCCUUCAGUGCAGCCUGCAUCUGUCAGAUCGACCCUCCACGUCCCCGUCCAUGUCAGUAGAGAAACACCAGACGGACCUGACUCCUUCAAAUGUUUAUGUGUGUUAAUAUUUAUCCUGUAAUAUUUUGUACCUCUCAGUCUGUUCUUUAAUGGACCUGUUUGUUAACAAAAUCCAAACAAAAUGUUGGUGAUGGUGUAAAUAAAACAACAUGAAAGCUCA